UAAAUGUACGUCUCUUCCAAACAAUUCCAUUUGCAAUCUGUACCACUAUCAUUUGUGAUCAAUGUCAAUCACGUCAAAUAUGAAAAGUUCAAAUUAAAUAAUUAUGGUAGAGAUGAGCUGUAUGUGUAGAGCCCUUUGCCUUUUGUAUGGGAUAAACAGAACCAAAAAAAUUAAUUUAAAUAAACCUACAAAAAUAAAAAAAAAUAUUCAAACUCAAAUAUUUGUAGAUGUAAAAUAAUUAUAAUACCUACAAGUACUUAAACAAUUUCACUGGUAACUGCAAUUAUUUAUGUAUAUAAAUCUAUGUAUGACAAUAUAAAUAAUAUUGGCGGCCCAAAUCUUUUUAUAUAGUAAUACAUUUUUUUAAUAUUUCUUAUUUUUUUGGAUAUAAAAUGAGAUUAAUCAAAUCAUUAUUGAAUAGUAAACAAACCUGCCAAGUGAGAAGUUAUAGUCAACUUUCAUCGAAAAGACGAGUAGUUGUUACUGGAUUAGGAGUAGUCUGCCCAUUAGGAACGGGAACUAAAUUGACAUGGGACAAUCUUUUAAAAGGGCAUUGUGGAAUAGUUUCUCUUGAAGGCGAGGAAUAUUCUAAACUACCAUGCAGAGUGGCUGGAGUUAUACCAACUCAAAAAGACAGUGAAGUAGCUAAAGCUUUAUCUAGAGCAAACCUAAAAUCUAUGGCACCUGCAACGUGUUUAGCUUUAUUAGCUACCUCGGAAGCAUUAUCUGAUGCAAAGUGGUUUCCUAAUACUGAUGGUGAUAAAGAGAAUACCGGUGUAGCACUAGGCAUGGGUAUGAUUGAUCUUAAAGAUGUUUGUGAUACUAAUGAAGCAUUAAAAUUAGGAUACAAUAAGGUUAGUCCAUUUUUUGUUCCAAGAAUAUUGCCCAACAUGGCUGCUGGACAAAUAAGUAUCAAGUAUGGUUUCCGAGGUCCAAAUCAUGCUGUUUCCACAGCUUGUGCAACUGGUGCUCACUCUAUCGGUGAUGCAUUCCGGUUUAUUAGAAAUGGAGAUGCUGAUGUUAUGGUGUGUGGUGGUGCAGAAUCUUGUAUAAGUCCUCUUGCUAUAGCAGGUUUUUGUCGUUUGAGAGCAUUAAGUACAUCAUUUAAUGAUGAACCAGCAAGAUCAUCAAGGCCAUUUGACAAGAAAAGAGAUGGUUUUGUAAUGGGAGAAGGAGCAGCUGUUUUGAUUUUAGAAGAAUAUGAACAUGCUCUGAUGAGAAAUGCCAAAAUGUAUGCUGAAAUUCUGGGUUAUGGACUGUCUGGAGAUGCUUCUCAUAUAACUACUCCAAGAGAGGAUGGCAGUGGAGCAGUUCUAUCAAUGAGUAGGGCAAUAAAAGACAGUAACAUUAAAAAUGAACAAAUCACCUACAUCAAUGCUCAUGCUACAUCAACACCCAUUGGGGAUGGAAUUGAAUCUACAGCUAUAAAAGCUUUAUUUAAAGAACACAGCUCAAAGAUAAAGAUUUCAUCCACAAAAGGUGCUCAUGGCCACUUAUUAGGUGCUGCUGGUAACUUGGAAGCAGUCUUUACUAUCUUAGCUUGCUAUCAUGGGAUACUACCACCUACUUUAAAUUUAGAGGAACCUGUAGAUGAUUUAUGUUAUAUACUUAAAUCAAAAAAAUGGAACUCUGAAAAAAGAGUUGCUUUGAAAAACUCCUUUGGAUUUGGUGGUACAAAUGCAUCGCUAUGUAUUGCACAAAUAAGUUGAUUAGUGUAUAUUUGUAGUGAUAAUUUAGAUAUUUAUUUGUUGGUAAUGUGGGAUUGGUUGCCUUCCUUUUCUGCAGCACAAUGUUUGUAAAUAUGUAGAAGAUAAAGAAAAAUGAAAAACUUGUAAUCUAAUUAAGAUAUACCAAAUAUAAGAAAUUAUUAUACAAAA